AUGGUUGAGUCCAUGAUGGUUGAGUCCAUGAUGGUUGAGUCCAUGAUGGUUGAGUCCAUGAUGGUUGAGUCCACCCAGAAUAGGCGUUGGCAUCAUGAUAAAGGUGUUGUGUAUUACUGUUGGUUGCCGCAAAACGGACCAGCAAGACCAAAAAGGGUUUGCCUCCAGUCCCACCAACACCUCAGCAACGGAUCAGCUCCCUUCGUCCAUGCUGAUGUGGGCCGUUGGCACUUGGUCAACGCAUGCAAUAUGGAAGCGCAAAAUAUCCCAAAGUCGGUUGUCAUUGUCGGAGGCUCCUUAGCAGGCCUCCUUCACGGGCUGUACUUGAAGCGGCAUGGCAGCAAUGUGGUCAUCCUCGAACAGGAUCCCAACGCGGUUCGGAGCAGCCACCAGGCGGGCAUUGCCUUCGGGCCCAACACGGAUGAGAUCCUCCGUAAGUACGACGACACGGGCGUGCAGAGUUGCAUAGCGUCCACAACCACCCAGUUCGCCUACCGCAAGACCUGGGACUUCCACCUCAACAUCGCCCGGCGUCUCACCAGCUGGGGAUUGCUGUACCGCAUCCUGCGCGCCAACUAUGACGGCCUGGCCUCCGACGCCGUCCCCAACCCGCCUCCUCCAAGGCAAGGCGACGGAAAAGCGGAGUACCGCUCUGGGCAGAAGGCCACGAAGCUGCAAGACAACCACGACUCCGUCACGGUCACCUUUGUCGACCAGGACGGCACCGAGGACACCCUCACCGCCGACCUCGUCAUCGGCGCCGACGGCCUGCACUCCACGGUGCGGACCCUCGUCCAGGCGCCCACCAUCAAAGAAUACUCGGGCUACGUCGCGUGGCGCGGGACCGUGCUCGAGCGCGACCUGCCCCCAGAAACAGUCGCGUACUUUGACGGCCGCCCAACCAUCAGCUUCCUCAAAAAGACCUACCUCGUCUCCUACCCCAUCCCCCCCGACGCCGGCACCUUCACCCCCUCCACCCGCCUGCUCAACUGGGUAUGGUACUCCAACUCGCGCAACCCCACCCCCCUUUUAACCGACCUCACUGGCCACAUCCACAGCAACACCAUCCCCACCGGCCUCAUCAACCCCCCUUUAUGGCGCGCCCAACUCGCGCGCACCCUCCCGCAAAUGCCUUCCCACCUAGCCACGCUGGUCGCCGCGACGCGGGACGAGGCCGUGUUCGUCACGCGCGUGAACGAUGCGCGGGAGACGAUAUUCCGAGAUGAAACCCUAAGACGGCACGACGGUCUCAGCAAGGCAAAGAGUUCUCUGCUGACCCAGAUCCGAACGGGAGCAAUAGGCCUACGGGACUAUCUGUUUUUGCGAGGGGUCCCAGAGGUCCUAACGCCCGCCUGCGAGUGCGGGGAGGGACGGGAGACUGCCGAACACCUGGUAGUGUGGUGUUUGGCCCCACCGCUGACUCGAAGAUGGGAGAGAACCGGAAUUCGAACGCGACGGGACUUUUACUCUGUUCUACACGGUAUUGAUCCUGCAACGGCACGGCUCACGAGGAGGGUCCUGGGCUGGCUGAUGGACUCGGGGAGGCUGCCGAUGUACAGCCUCUUAGCCAGGAGGCUCGAGCUGGAAGCGGCGGCCUGA